AUGGACAUUCAAUUAUUAGCCUAUAAUUCCGAUCUCUACGAAAAUUUUACUCAAGCGCAAUCACAACCUAGAGGUCUCUUAGCUGUCGGAAUUAUUGUUGAUAUUGGUGAUAAAACAAAUGUUGAAUUAAAACGCUUAGCUAAAGCAGCAAUAAAUAUUAAAUAUAGAAAUCAAGUAGUUCAAAUCAAGCAUUUCCAACCUUCUGCUUUACUGCCACACACAGAUUAUUAUAUUACAUAUGAAGGGUCAUUAACAUUCCCCGGAUGUUUCGAGACUGUUAACUGGUAUACAUUAAAUAUUUAUCUCAAAAUAGACAGCUUUAUGUUCCCUAAGAAUUCUUUUUUUCUUCUAAAACGUUAG